CCAUUAAUUAAUUGGAUUAUAAAUUAAGUCCAAUCUAAAAACAUGUAAGGUCGUCUUUGUCAAGUGGCCACAUCUCACGCUAAACCAAUUGAGAAAAUUAGGUCAAACUCGCCGAAAAAAAAAAAGUGGAAAAUUUCUAACUUUGAACUAACUAGGAUCCAACUAGGAUUCUUCUCUUUCCUUAUCCAACACAACACGGUCUUGUUUCGUCGCGUCUUUAUUAAAAAAAAAAAGACUUUCUAUAUAAACACUUUAUAUUGUUUUUGUUCCUUUCACAUAAACCCAUUCAAAGAUCUUUUCCUGUUUUUUAACAACUCGUUGUGAUAAUGAAUUCGAUGUUUAGUGCCUUUGACGCCAUGUGUGUUGAGAUUAUGGGGAAGAAAGUCACCGCUGAUCCUUGUGUCCACCGCUCUGAACGCAACGCUGCUUCUUCUUGCGGCCGUGGCGGCGGUCAAAACGCGUCUUUGGCAGUCAAGAAAGAUGAAAAAGCUUCCAAGAACAUGGAUUUGGCGACCAAGACACCGAGGUUUGCUGUUGAGCUCGAUGGCCUUCAUUGCUUCGAGACCAUAGUUCGUUCUUGAUCACAAAAAUCAAGAUUUUACGAUUUCUUUUCUUUUUUGCUUUGGUUUUGUUUCGAUAAUUCUCAUAUGUAAAUAACAAUUUUGGAAUUAUUCAAUUUCUUGAUUAGAAUCAUCCUUCAUAGUGAUUGAUUCAUUGGUUUGAUUUCAAGUUUCUCUGGUUUCGUUCUAUUAAUUCAUGAAUUUGUUAAUAUAUAUUAAAAGAAAAGAAUGAGUUUAUUUU